AUGUCAUUCAGACCAGGUAGUAGAGGUGGUGCCCGCGGGGGCAGAGGCGGUUUCGGAGGCAGAGGCGGUGCCAGAGGUGGUGCCAGAGGCGGUUUCGGAGGCGGUUUCGGAGGCAGAGGCGGCGCCAGAGGUGGUGCUAGAGGUGGACGUGGUGCUCCAAGAGGUGGUCCAAGAGGUGGUGCCAGAGGCGGCCGUGGUGGUCCAAGAGGCGGUGCAAGAGGAGGCGCUAAGGGCGGUGCCAAGGUUGUCUUGGAACCACACAAGCACGCCGGUGUCUACAUUGCCAGAGGUAAGGAAGAUCUUUUGGUUACUAAGAACAUGGCUCCAGGCGAGUCUGUUUAUGGUGAAAAGAGGAUUUCUAUCGAGGAACCUUCGAAAGAGGACGGUGUGCCACCUACCAAGGUUGAGUACCGUGUCUGGAACCCUUUCAGAUCCAAGUUGGCCGCAGGUAUCAUGGGUGGUCUAGACGAACUUUUCAUCGCUCCUGGUAAGAAAGUGCUGUACUUGGGUGCUGCCUCCGGUACAUCUGUGUCCCAUGUCUCCGACGUCGUUGGUCCAGAGGGUGUUGUCUACGCCGUUGAGUUUUCGCACAGACCAGGCAGAGAGCUGAUCUCGAUGGCCAAGAAGAGACCCAACGUCAUCCCAAUCAUCGAGGACGCCAGACAUCCACAAAAAUACAGAAUGCUCAUCGGCAUGGUCGACUGUGUGUUUGCAGACGUUGCUCAGCCGGAUCAGGCUCGUAUUAUCGCCUUGAACUCUCACAUGUUUUUGAAGGACCAAGGUGGUGUUGUCAUCUCCAUCAAGGCCAACUGUAUCGACUCCACCGUGGAUGCUGAAACCGUCUUUGCCAGAGAAGUACAGAAACUACGUGAGGAACGUAUCAAACCUUUGGAACAGUUGACUUUGGAACCUUACGAAAGAGAUCAUUGUAUCGUCAUCGGUAGAUACAUGAGAAGUGGUGUGAAGAAAUAG